CAGGCCAGAGGCUCAGCCGUCUGUCUCUCAGAAACCAGACCGCGAGCUGGGGUAUAGAAAGAGCGCCCCUGAGAGCGCGCAGAGUGCCCGUCCCUCGCUGCAGCCCGUGGCACCAGGGGCCGGGAUUUCCGGGCGGCCUUGAACAUCCCCCCCUCCCAGCCCGGUCAGACCAAGCCCUCGAACCAGAUCCGUGUCCCCGGCCUGCCCAUUCCUGCGCGGCAUCAGACGUGUCCCGGCUGGCCCCGGCCCGCUGGGCUGGCAGAGACGUCUCUCCUCGGGCAGCUGCGAGGGAGCGCCUCUCUCGCGCGCUAAGCCCGGGACAGACGGCCCGACGGAGUGGGAGCGCUCGGCGGCUCACAGCCAGCUCUCUCUUCCCCACCCCGGAUCGCGGAGGGUCCCGGCCCCACCCGCAGCUUGCUGGCUGCCCCGAGCUGUCGGCGCUCGGCUCCACGCCUAGACUUCGUGGGAGCGGGAGGUGCUGCCAGCGGCCGCCGCCCCCUCGAAUCUCAGCGGGGACGGGGAGCUCUUGCUGCGACCCGAAGUUCUCCGCAGCUCUUCUGGGUUGGGGGAGAAAACGCAAGGGAGCCCAGCCGGGGCCGCCUCUCCGAGGCGCGGUCAGGAGCCAAGACCCAGGGGGCGCGCCGACGGACGAGAGCAAGCUGCUGCUGCUGCUCCCCAGGCUCCCCGUCCCGCCUCAAGAGCAACUCGGGUAGUAGCCGGCCAUUUCUGACGGUCACAGACCAGCAAGAAGAGGACUUAGACGGGGCGGACGCGUUGCGCUCCCCGUGGGCAGGAUCGCCAGCUAGAACUUGCACGGCGGUUCUAAGGGGCGCAACCCAGGAUUCGCAUGCCUCCUUCUUGCGCUUCCCACCACCCCGCCAGGCUCCCUCUUGGUUGUCAGAAUGGAAAGAGUCUGCUAAUGCUGUGAUGGCUUCUCCAAAAUGGCCCCCGGUGGACGUGUUAACUACUGACGAAAAUUAAUCUCAUUUGUGAAAUGCCAACUUCUCCGGCGUGGGGCAUGCGCAAGACUGGCACAGCAUGAUGGAAAGGACUAUGCUGUGCUAUGCGAACCAAUGAAACUGAAGGUGGAGUGGUGUCCGUGGGAUGGAAUUUGCCAGCAUGGAGACCCCACGCUCUCUGGGCCACAUCUAUCGAGAGUACCACAACAACAAUGUGAUUUCUUUGCACUACAACUACACAGGCAAGCUCCAUGGCAGCAAAUACAAGGGCAGUCUCAAGGCGGAUGCCAUUGUGUUCCUGGUGGUGUGCGCCUUCAUUGUGGUGGAGAACCUCGUGGUCCUGCUGGCUAUCUGGAGGAACAAGAAGUUUCACUUGCCCAUGUACUACCUGAUUGGGAACUUGACCCUGUCGGACCUGCUUGCUGGCGUGGCCUACACUGCCAAUAUCGUCAUGUCCGGGCCCAACACCCUUAAGCUCACCCCUGUGCAGUGGUUUCUGCGGGAAGGCGGGGUCUUUGUCACGCUGGCUGCCUCUGUCCUCAGCCUCCUUGCAAUUGCCAUCGAGCGCCAUGUCACGAUGGUCCGCAUGAGACUCUACCACGGGGACAAGAAAGGGCGGAUGUUCCUGCUGGUGGGGGCCAGCUGGCUGGCCUCCAUCUUGCUCGGGGUGCUGCCCAUCCUGGGCUGGAACUGCAUCGAAAACCUCCCCGAGUGUUCCACAGUGUUGCCCCUCUAUUCUAAGCAUUAUGUCCUCUUCUGCAUCAGUUUCCUGGCCAUCCUGGUCUCCAUUGUGGUGCUCUAUGCCCGCAUCUACCGCAUGGUCAAGUUCAACGGGCAGCGGCUGGGCAGCCUCCGCAAAGGCAUGCUCAAGAAGUCCCAGAAGUAUAUGGCCUUGCUGAAGACGGUGACCAUCGUGGUGGGCACUUUCAUCGCCUGCUGGCUACCCCUCUUCCUCCUCCUGUUGUUGGACGUUGCCUGCCAGGCCCAGGCCUGCAGUGUGCUCUACAAAGCAGACUAUUUCCUGGGCCUGGCGAUGAUUAACUCCCUCCUGAAUCCCAUCAUUUACACCCUGACCAGUAAGGACAUGAGACGAGCCAUUCUGAAGCUGCUCUGCUGCCUGCUGGUGGUCACUCCUGGCACAGAGGAGAGCCGCGCCAAGCGCUUUGGUCUCCCCAUACUGGAGGGCAGCACCAGCAAAUCGGAGCGCUCGUCGCACCAGCAUGAGGGGCCUAAUGUUAGCAUGUCACUUGGGAACAGCACCCCAAAAGCCAUCAAGGCAAUGGUGCUGAAGGCCGUCUACUGAAGUCCUUUGGUUAUCUUGCCCCAGCGGCCAGUAGUGCGGUAUGAGCAGCCAGGGGUCAAGAAGGGGGCUCAGGGGUCAAGUCCCAGCAGAGUGGGACUAGGCCCUGAAGGGAAAUGCUGUGGCAGAUCUUGGGAGGAAACCUAGGCAGGGCUAGCAGGUAAACCAGGAGACUUGAGGAGCGGACAAGGAACCAGGUGUGUCCUAGUACUUGGCACC